CCCACGCCCCUGCAGAGCAACACCACAGUCAACGCCACCCAGUCACACCUCUUCCAGGAACUCCUCCGCCUUUUGCUUGUCGUCAAGUCAUUUUGCACCAGAAAUUACAAUGCAGCGGCACAAGACCACCGAGUCCGAGUCCGCUGCGGUCCGCUAACAUUCCAGUCUCCUCUCCUGUCCGCCUUCCUUCCCUCAGCUUUCGCCGAUUCCGAUUGCACUAAUCUUCAAUCCGGUUGGAGAAGAUAGAAGCCCUUCCACUCUGCUCCCCACUGACCGCUACGCCCACUUCUUCUUUCAUUUGACGCGUUCUUUCGGCGAGCUUGUAACUCGCCUUCUUUUUCGCUGCGGCCGCACGAUCACACCGCCAUUCUCUCGCCAUGUUCGGGCCCUGGAUAGCCACGUUCUCGUGGUUGAAGAGACGGCUCCCGACGGGGAAAAAGGGUUGGAAGACGUGGAUACCCAGCAUGAAUUUCAUUACUAUUCAUUAUACGUAUAUCAUUGGCAUGGCGCUUUUAGGAUCCAUUAUCAUCUAUCCGGCCGGGAAUAUGGCGUACAUCGACGCUUUGUUUUUCGCGAGUGGGGCGGCAACGCAGAGUGGGUUGAAUACUAUCGAUUUGAAUAAUAUCCGGUUGUAUCAACAGGUCGCCAUCAUGCUCAUUACGUGCUGCUGCACACCAAUCUUUAUUAAUACGUUCGUCGUCUUUGUCCGCUUGUACUGGUUCGAGAAACGCUUCCAGAGCGUGGUCGUCGAGGCGAGGAGUCUACGCAAGACGAAAACGAGAUCCCGGACGAGGAGCGAGGCGAGGCAGGAUCUAGAAAGGGAUAUAGGGCGCGAGGAGCGGGGUGUCGGAAACCGGACCAUUGUCGUUCAAAGGAACGCAGAUGGCUCCGCCAUGGGCAGAAAGAUUGAUGAAGAGACGUCAUUGGAGGGAAGCGGUAGUAGUGCUUUUGAGUCAAAAGGAGAUGCUCAGGAUAAGGAUGAGGGCCAGCUAUCACCUCGAACACAAAGCAGACCCGGGAUUCAGCGCGAUAUCACGUUUGCGGAUGAGCUGGAGCGGAAGGCGUCUCCUGAGAUACGAUUGCCGCAGCAGAGGUCCAAGGAGCAGAGCAUUGCAUUUGUGCAGAAUCAGCGGAAUCCACAGGAUACCGGCGCGCUCAGGAUACCGGGUCCAAGAGACUAUGAUCGGGGUUUCAUGCCCGAGAGGAUUGAGGAGGGUGACGAAGAGCUCGAUAGGGAAACCACCAAUGAGGAUGAUGGGGGAAGGUAUCUGAGGCGGGCGCGAUCCAACUCUGUCCCGCCACAUGAGCUGAACAUGGAUGACCACCCGUUUAAACAGCACAUCACCAUUGACGCUCCCGAUGGUCGCAUAAGACCCAAUACUGGCCCAUCUGCCUACAGUCGAGCGCCAAGGUCGUCGGAUGCAGAAGGCCCUUCGACGGGUAUGUAUCUGCGAAAUAGGAGCAGGUCGCGAACGUUCGGAAGCUUCAUCUCGAGGUCGUUAACGGAGGAGCGAGAACGGGAUCCCAUGCCGUAUUUGAGCUGGACUCCCACGGUGGGGAGGAAUUCGGCGUUUAUUGAUCUCACCGAGGAGCAGAGGGAGGAAUUGGGUGGGAUUGAGUAUCGCUCGUUGAAGCUGCUGGCGAUUAUUCUUGUUUGUUACUAUAUUGGGUUCCAUCUGCUGGGUAUGGUCUGUUUGCUUCCCUGGAUAGUAAGGGACAGGCAUUACUCAGAUAUUGUAUCGGGUGAUGGCGUCAAUCCUGUGUGGUGGGGCUUUUUCACGCCAGCUUCGAUGUUCAACGAUCUGGGCUUCGCCCUCACGCCGGACUCCAUGAUAUCCUUUCAGUUGGCCGUACUGCCUCUGAUCCUCGGCGUUUUCCUUAUUGUCAUCGGCAACACUGGGUUUCCCUGCAUGCUCCGCUUCGUCGUCUGGCUCUGCUCAAAAUGCGUACCCGAAGGGAGUGGCGUUUGGGAGGAGCUGCGCUUCUUGCUCGAUCAUCCGCGUCGGUGCUUCACGCUCCUCUUUCCGAGCAACGCCAAUUGGUGGCUGUUUUGGGUUCUUAUUCUCCUCAAUGGCAUCGAUGUCAUAAUCUUCCUUGUCCUAGAUCUCCACAAUCCCGUCGUCACCUCCAUCCCUGGCGGCUUCCGCUUCCUUGACGGCCUCUUCCAAGCCGCAUCCACGCGCACCGCAGGCUUCGCCGUCGUCAACAUCGCCGAGCUCCACCCUGCAACCCAAGUUUCCUACCUCAUCAUGAUGUACAUUUCCGUCUUCCCCAUCGCAAUCAGUCUCCGUCGGACCAACGUGUACGAAGAGAAAUCCCUCGGCGUCUGGGGCAACCAAAACGACGACGACGAAGGUUCGAGUGGAAAGCAUAGCUAUGUCGGGAUGCAUUUACGCCGCCAACUGUCCUUUGAUUUGUGGUACGUGUUCUUGGGCUUCUUUCUCAUCGCCAUCAUCGAAGGCACCCGCCUGCAGAAUACAAACGACUACACCUUCACCCUGUUCUCCGUCUUAUUUGAGAUCGUCUCCGCCUACGGCACCGUCGGCUUGAGUUUGGGGUACCCCGGCGUCAACGCGAGUUUUAGCAGCCAGUUCAAGCCGCUGUCCAAACUCAUCAUCAUUGCCAUGCAGAUUCGAGGACGACACAGAGGAUUGCCGUAUGCGCUUGAUCGAGCGAUUCUGCUGCCGAGCGAGACGCUGCACAAGAAGGAGGACGAGGAUGCGGCGAGGAGGGCGAGGAGGGGCAGUGUGGCGGUGAGUAAUGUGGAGGUGCCUGCUCCCAACGGCGCCGCCGUCGGGGGAUCCACGGGCGAAGCUGCAAGUGCCGCUGGGGACGCGCAGGCGGAUCUUGCGAGGGUCGGGACGGGCGCGACGGUGGGGCGUAGGGCGAGUGGGUUGGGCGUGAGCAUGCAGAGGAGUAGGAGUUUUGGACGGUUCUUGAGCGGGGCUUUGUACGCGGGGCCUAUGCCGAGGGAGAGGGAGAGGGAGAGGGAGAAGGGGGCUUAGAGGGCUGGUUGUGUUUCUUGUUUUCCGGUGUGGUGUUUUAGGAGUUUUGAGAGUACUUGUCGUCGAAGGGUAGAUGGUCCAGAAGUGCUCUGGUGUUUGUGGCUUUCGGGGGAUACCCUAUUCUUUCUGAUAUAUCUUUUUUUUAUAUACAUAGUAUAUACGUUCUCCUCAGUUCAAAGCCACUGAGGGAAAGGGAAAGCCGGAAGGAUCAAUCAAUCAAUGGAAUCUGGCCAUU